GAAAACCUAUUAUCCAAUUAGCGGCGUUAGGCAAGGGGUCGUCCUUGACACGGCAAUUUCCCAAUUAGAAAGAAACACGUGAAUUUGCUCCCCUACUUAGAGACCAGGAAAUGGGGCAUUCGUGUCUUCACACAAUUAGACACCUCUGUGUGUAGAGAAAAAAAAAAACAGUGGGGGAACCACGACUACCAGAAAUAUGCACGCGUUAGUGAACGCCUUCAUGCGCUGCCUCUCCUUCCUCUUGCCUCCUUCUUGGCUUUGUGUGAGCUUUUACUUGUGGGUUGGGAAUGACUGCGAAGAGACGCUGCCGCAGCCCAAUCCCAGAGCUCGUUUCAAAAGUAGAAAGCCUCUUACAUAUGAGGAAGUAGCAGCAGUAGCAGCGGUAGAAGCACAGGGAGGCUCCAACCCGUCGGUUUCACCAGGUCCAGGCUGCGUCUCGCUGGCUGCUGAAAGCCCCGUUGCUCCUCAGGGCCCUCUGACGGGUCGGAUCUGGAUCGGGGGUCUCUGGCGAGCCGUGGAGCGAGUCUUCGGAGCCCCCUGGGUUAUUCUCCGCCAUCACUGGUGCCCGAAGAAAGGUCUGGCAGCUUCGCGCACCCCGUAUCCUAUCCGUGCCUUCGAGACGAGUCAGAUUAAAAGCUUCCAGGGAGGCGCUGCUGUAACCGAGGACUGGAACGGACCAGGUGAAGCCACCUUGACUUGGAACAUGAGUGGGUCGGAGGGGAUCCCCGAUUUGAACCCAGCAGAGUGCGCCUUAGAGGCGUCAGUGGACCAGAGCAACGAUGAGGUCAUUACUGUGGACCCGCUCUCGCAGGAGAUGGGGACGGUGACGAUAACGGUGGCGAUACAGGCGGCGGAGGACGAAGAGCCGGAGGAAGUGCUGUCUAAUAAUAUUGACUUCCUCGGAGGCAGCUGUAGCGAGGACGAUAUCGGAAGACAUGACAAAUCAAGUGGUGCAGGCACCAGUGGAGGGGAGUUGGAGGAGGAGAGCUGGCAGCCCCCAGAUUCGGAGCUCAUCCAGAAACUGGUCGCUCAGAUUGAGUAUUACCUGUCUGACGAGAACCUGGAGCACGAUGCCUUCCUGCUCAAGCAUGUCAGACGAAAUAAACUCGGAUUUGUCAGCGUCAAGUUGCUCACAUCAUUCAAAAAGGUGAAACACUUGACUCGUGACUGGAGAACGACUGCUUAUGCUCUGAAUCACUCGAAGAUACUUGAGCUGAAUGAUGAGGGGCGCAAGGUGCGGCGUAAAUCCGCAGUGCCGGUCUUUGCCAGUGAGUCGUUGCCCAGCCGCAUGCUGCUGUUGAGCGACUUGCAGAGGUGGCCCGAGCUGGCUGCUCUCACUAAGGAUAAUGAAAGCAGUGAGGGAGGAGCCACUCAGCAGGAACAGCUGAUGAAGCUGUUGCUAAAAGCGUUUGGGACGUAUGGAGCGAUUGCCUCCGUUAGAGUCCUGAAGCCAGGAAAGGACCUGCCAGCAGACCUGAAGAGGCUAAGUGGGCGCUACAGUCAGUUAGGCACAGAGGAAUGCGCCAUUGUGGAGUUUGAGGAGGUGGAAGCGGCUGUUAAAGCCAAUGAAGCUGUAGGGAGUGAGGAUGGAGGAACUGGUUCACUGGGGUUGAAAGUAGUGCUGAUUGGAACCAAGCCACCGAAGAAGAAGGUGCCCAAAGAGCGUCCUCAUGAGGAGGGAGGGAUGCGCAAAAGCCGCUCUCUCAACAGCAGAGUACGGGAGCUUCAAUACCACGGGGACGAUUCGGCAUGCAGCUCCUCAGAUACAGAAAGCAACCCCACGUCGCCCAGGCUGGCUAGAAAGUCUCAAUCCUGCAACAAGCUCAGCCCCACCACUGCCGGCAUCAGCUUCCAGAACAAUCACCUAAGCCCUGGUAUGUCCCCACGUAACAGCCCCUGGUCUAGUCCCCGUGGCAGUCCUUGUCCUCAACGCAAAUCUCCCCAUUCCCAUAAGUCCCCCUUAGCCAGUGAGGGCAGACUGAGCCCUGAGCCUGGCCGCCGCUGGGCAGACUACUCCUCAGACAGUAGCCUCACCCCAUCGGGCAGUCCGUGGGUUCAACGACGCAAGCAGGUGGCGUCGCAGGAGAGCAGUCCAGUUGGCAGCCCCAUGCUGGGCAGAAAGAUCCAGAAUGCUGAUGGGCUUCCUCCAGGAGUGAUGAGGCUGCCCCGGGGUCCCGAUGGAACCCGCGGCUUUCACUGCAUCACUGUUGCUGAGCGGGGAAAGACUGCUGCUACUCAGACUUGAUGCGCAGCGUGUAAUUAUGCAGAAACAAAAUGAUCUAUUGGAAAUGAAUACAAGCUGUUCUUGGCCAUGUUGCUCAGCCCACCUCCUACAUUUGAGACUGUGUAGAUACAUUUUUGUUGAGUGCAACAGUUUUCAGUCUUUGUUAUAUUUUUAUACAACUUUUUGAGUUACCAUGGUAACAUUAGGGAUUACCAAUGGAAAUUUUGAGUAAAUGUAAACUGAUAUGGCUUUGAAAGGAAAUUACAUACACCAUGAAAUGGAUCGUGUUUCCUCCAUUUCUUGUUCUACUUGGAAGUUGGAGAACAAAUUCCACUUUUGUUUUUCCUUUUUUCUUAAAUCAAAGUGUCUUGUCUACUGUGUAAAAGCUCGCAACUUUAUCUGUGGAUGGUGUAUAAAUGUAAGUGGCAUAGGCACAUGGAGCUGAUAGCAAUAUCACCAUAUGCCUUUUGUGUAUGUGUCCAACGUGAAUUCCAGUUUGUUUUGUUUUUUUUAAACAUGUUUAAACCAAGGCCAUAAUCACUCCACUGCCAUACAGACUGGACAUUAACUUCAGUUUUUAUUUUUCCAUUUUUUAAUUUGAUUAUUUUCAGUAUGCUUUGGCACCUAGUAAGGGACUCUGUAUGUGUUCAGCAGAUGGCUGCUUUAUUUAUUUUCUUUUUAAGCAUUUUUCUUACUUUGUUUUCUUUUCAUGCCAUGUUUUCAGUCUAAGCUCACAGUGAGGUUUGAGGGAUGUUCAGGUCAGGUGGAAUAGAUGCUCUUAUGUUCUUGCCUUCACAUCUGAGCUCGGGUAUUUGUACAUUUGAAAUUCCUAUUGUACAAAUAAAUCACUGAAAUUGCAA